GGAAAUUGAAAGUAAACUUACCGUCAACUUAUGAUCACCAACUUUUGCAAGCAACUUUUGCCACCAACUUUCUCAGAAAGUGAUCGUCAACUUUUUGGAUUUACAACUUUUGCCACCAACUUUCUCAGAAAAUGUCCAUCAACUAUUGGAGGUACCAACUGUUGGCGAUCAACUUGGUUCCAGUUGCGGCUGCAAGUUUCUCGUCAGUUUCUCGCCAACUUGGCUAUCAGGGUAUAUUUUUUCGUGAAUCCUGAACUAGUCUUGUAUUGCAGUUUAGUGUUUACUUGUCAUUCUGUUAUUCGCCAUUAAUUUUUAUUGCCAAAAAAAAAGGAUAAAGUCAAUACAAAAUAGUAUUUGAAAUGUUUACCAACAAAAUUUUUAAUUAAUCAGCUAAAAUUAUUUACCACUUCGUUCUGAUAAUUGUCGCUGAUGAAUAAUCUUUUGACAUAAAAUAAUGAAAUUGCAUUACUUAUCUUCAGACAAUGUCGUUGAAAAAAUAGUCACAACACCUGGCAAUAUUUUAAAUAAACCAACAGAGAAAUCUAUAUGUCAGUUAAAAAUAUCAGAUAUUAAACCCGGGUCAUUGGAUCCUGGUGAAUUGAACAGCCGGUUGCUUCACCCAGGAGAAAUUGCCCUAGUGAUUGGAGAAGCUGAUUCAGAAGUUGAUAGACAAAUUGAGCGGGCGAUAAAAUGGAUGGGAGAAGGAGAGUCUGCGGUUGUCAACAUGAAGUUACAUUCAGAAAAAUCCGAAUCACCUGCACUGGAAAUAUCUUUAACUUUGUCUUUAAUAAAACAUGAGCCGUUCAAACCCAUAUGGGACUGGACUCCAUCGGAAAAAUACUUGACCGCAUCCGAAUACAAAGAGCGCGCGCUAAAACUGAUGCAGGAAAACAGAAUAAAAGAUGCGUUCAUAAGAUUCAGCAAAGCCGUAAGCUUGCUUAUAACCUUGGAGCCCAUAAAUGAUCUCGAGUUACCAGAAGAUCUUUUACGGGACAUAAGUAAUCUGAGGAGCAAUUUGUACAACAACAUGGCGAUGUGUCAAUUGAAGUACGAUAACUACGAGCACGUGAUUUCCCUUUGCACAAAAGUACUUGCGAGAGACAAAAAUAACGUCCGAGCGAUGUAUCGUCGCGGGUGCGCCUUCGGAAGUAUGAAAAAUAUUGAAAAUGCUCUUAAUGACUUCCAGAAAGCCGCUCACAUUGAGCCUGCGAAUACUCUUGUCUGGAAAAAAAUGAUAACUUACAGCAAACUUUGGGAAGAGGCCGCUAAAAAAAGCGACGACUUGCUUAAAAGAAUGUUUAAAAUUUAAUAAAUUUAAUAAUUAUACACAUGAUAUACAAAAAUAUGCGCAUUUAUUUACUACCCAUAAUUACACACGCAUUACCUUUGAAUAAAAAUUUACGCAGAGAGCUUAUUAAUAAAUUUAGUUUAAUUUUUUUAAUGUAUUUUAAAAUAAAUUAACAACAAAUAUAUUAAAAACUCGUCUAA